CUGCGCGCGCGCCCUCUCUGCUCCCUCGCAGCAGACCCCAAAUCAACUUGUUCUCAUUCACUCCAUAUUUCCAGUCCCCACUGUGCCCUGUGCAGGGACCCCGGGCCAAGCCUCCGGUUUUUCUGGUGGCAUUUCCCAUGACAGCCGCAAAGCUCCAUUCCCUUUGCUAGCGGGCACAGGCAGGAAGCAAAGUUUUUCAGAACCUUCGGGGCUGACUUUGUCUCGGUGACCCGCAUUUGCUCGUAUGUGAGGUGCUUUGCCUGUUCGCGGGGCGGUUUCCCGUUUCCCGGGCGGUGGGUGCGGGACUGGCAAGCCCCUCCCUUCUCCAGGUCCAUCCAGCGACUCGUUUAGGAAAAGUGCUGAAACGAACUAGUAGCGGAGGAUCGCCAGCGCCUGUCCUCCCCUUUGGGGAAGGCGGGGAGAACCGAGAGCCUGUCACUGAGAGCUGGCUGCAGGCUCCUGGCUCAGCACUCCGAAAACCCAAAAGGCAGAUCAUGAGGGGUGGAGGGUAGGGAGGGAAUGGAGGCUAGGAGAGGGGCUCGGGACUGCUUGAAUGCUGCCCUGUGACAGCGGAUAGGAGGGAACAGCCCUUAUUUGCCUAGCUCUGAUUCUUCAGGCUGUCGCCCUUCUGGAAUGCAAACCCAGGACACGAUGGAAACAGGACUUGCAAAUCCUUUCAGAAUGCCGGAGGAAAGUUCUCCCAGGGGGACCCCACAGAGUGCUCCAUACCAGGACCUCCCUCACCUGAUUAACGCUGACGGGCAGCGCCUUUUCUGCAAGUACUGGAAACCCACAGGCGAGCCCAAGGCACUGGUGUUUGUUUCCCAUGGAGCCGGGGAGCACUGCGGCCGCUAUGAGGAACUGGCUCAGAUGCUGACGGGACUGGGCCUGCUGGUGUUCGCCCACGACCAUGUUGGCCACGGACAGAGUGAAGGGGAGAGGAUGGUGGUGUCUGACUUCCACGUUUUCGUCAGGGAUGUGUUACAGCACGUGGAUGUCAUGCAGAGAGACUACCCCAGGCUUCCUGUCUUCCUUCUGGGUCACUCCAUGGGAGGUGCCAUCUCCAUCCUCACUGCCGCAGAAAGGCCAGGCCACUUCUCCGGCAUGGUUCUCAUCUCACCCUUGGUUCUCGCCAAUCCGGAGUCGGCCACAACUUUCAAGGUCCUUGUUGCGAAAGUGCUCAACUUUGUCCUGCCCAACAUGUCCCUGGGGCCCAUCGAUUCCAGCGUGCUCUCUCGGAAUAAGACAGAGGUGGACCUGUACAAUGCAGACCCGCUGAUCUGCCGGGCAGGGCUGAAGGUGUCCUUUGGCAUCCAGCUGCUCAACGCCGUCUCCCGGGUGGAGCGUGCCCUCCCCAAGCUGACCCUGCCCUUCCUGCUGCUCCAGGGCUCUGCGGACCGCCUGUGUGAUAGCAGGGGAGCCUACCUGCUCAUGGAGCAAGCCAAGAGCCAGGAUAAGACGCUCAAGAUCUAUGAAGGUGCCUACCAUGUUCUCCACAAAGAGCUUCCUGAAGUAACCAACUCCGUCUUCCAGGAAAUAAACGUGUGGGUCUCUCAAAGGACAGCUGCAGUAGGAGCCGGGUCCCCACCCUGAGCGCACUGCCUGGGCUACCACCUCACUGUCUGGGAGAAGCGGGCAGAGAAAGGACAAGACUUGGCUUUUUGGAUGUGGCUCACAAAAAUAUAACAAGUUGGAGGAAUUCUAACAUAAUUUAGUUAAAAAAAAAGACAUUCUUAUUACGUAUCAGGCCGACAGCCACUGGCUCUACCUUAAGGGGCAGACACCUUAUACAAAAAAGGAAGAAUGGUAACAGGCAAUUUUCAGAAAAGGAAAUUAAAAUCAGCACAGCCUCUGCCCCGCUUGAGUGGCUCCAGCAUUUCCGAUGGUCCUUCGGAUUCCAGGCUACAGCCACUUGAUCUGAUAGUUCAUUAACCACCUGCCCCUCCAGCCUCCCUCGGUGGCCUCUCUGGCUGUGGGAUGAGGGGGCUGCUGUCCCCAGAGGCAGCUCCUCAGGACAGACUUGGUGCCCCUCCGAGGCCCAGAAAAUGUUCGCAUCUCUUCAACAUGAGUGCCACUGGUGACCAUGUCAGUUCCUUUGCAGCCCAGCCCCAAGCCAGGCUUAGAGGUGGGAGGGAGGCUUAGCCCAGAGAGAGGAACAACCAGGAAAUCAGUCUUUCUCUUCUCCCCACUCUUCCUUUCCUUCCUGGUCAAGGAGCACCACUGAUGGCAUAUGUACCUAGAGGUUGCCUUCCUAGUUUAAUUUUCCCUGACACUAUAAGAGAAAAAUUGUAUUGAAGAUGAAAUGUUUAAUAUAUAAUGUAUAUCCUAAAGCGUAGACUAUUUGGGUG